AUGACGGCUGUUCUGGGGGACCCGCAGUCGGGGCGAGCGACGUCGGCGUCUGGCUGCGAUGACGAUCUCCGCUGCCCCAGCAGCCCCUGGCGGGCCGGCAUGUGCUACCCUGAGGGGGUCAGUGUGCGAACAGCCUCAGCUGAGGUGUGUCAGUGUGCGAACAGCCCCAGCAGCCCCUGGCGGGCCGGCAUGUGCUACCCUGAGGGGCCUCAGCUGAGCCCCAGCAGCCCCUGGCGGGCCGGCAUGUGCUACCCUGCGGGGGUCAGUGUGCGAACAGCCUCAGCUGAGGUGUGUCAGUGUGCGAACAGCCCCAGCAGCCCCUGGCGGGCCGGCAUGUGCUACCCUGCGGGGGGCAGUGUGCGAACAGCCUCAGCUGAGGUGUGUCAGUGUGCGAACAGCCCCAGCAGCCCCUGGCGGGCCGGCAUGUGCUACCCUGCGGGGCCCCAGCAGCCCCUGGCGGGCCGCCCCAGCAGCCCCUGGCGGGCCGGCAUGUGCUACCCUGAGGGGGUCAGUGUGCGAACAGCCUCAGCUGAGGUGUGUCAGUGUGCGAACAGCCCCAGCAGCCCCUGGCGGGCCGGCAUGUGCUACCCUGAGGGGCCCCAGCAGUCCCUGGCGGGCCGCCCCAGCAGCCCCUGGCGGGCCGGCAUGUGCUACCCUGCGGGGGUCAGUGUGCGAACAGCCUCAGCUGAGGUGUGUCAGUGUGCGAACAGCCCCAGCAGCCCCUGGCGGGCCGGCAUGUGCUACCCUGCGGGGCCUCAGCUGAGCCCCAGCAGCCCCUGGCGGGCCGGCAUGUGCUACCCUGCGGGGGGCAGUGUGCGAACAGCCUCAGCUGAGGUGUGUCAGUGUGCGAACAGCCCCAGCAGCCCCUGGCGGGCCGGCAUGUGCUACCCUGCGGGGGGCAGUGUGCGAACAGCCUCAGCUGAGGUGUGUCAGUGUGCGAACAGCCCCAGCAGCCCCUGGCGGGCCGGCAUGUGCUACCCUGCGGGGGUCAGUGUGCGAACAGCCUCAGCUGAGGUGUGUCAGUGUGCGAACAGCCCCAGCAGCCCCUGGCGGGCCGGCAUGUGCUACCCUGCGGGGCCUCAGCUGAGCCCCAGCAGCCCCUGGCGGGCCGGCAUGUGCUACCCUGCGGGGGUCAGUGUGCGAACAGCCUCAGCUGAGGUGUGUCAGUGUGCGAACAGCCCCAGCAGCCCCUGGCGGGCCGGCAUGUGCUACCCUGCGGGGGUCAGUGUGCGAACAGCCUCAGCUGAGGUGUGUCAGUGUGCGAACAGCCCCAGCAGCCCCUGGCGGGCCGGCAUGUGCUACCCUGCGGGGCCCCAGCAGCCCCUGGCGGGCUGGCAUGUGCUACCCUGCGGGGGUCAGUGUGCGAACAGCCUCAGCUGA